AUGGCUGACCCAAUGUAUCACGCAAUGGGCCAGGCUGCCUAUGACCCCUCCAACCCCCAAGCUCAACAACACCUUCCCCCUCAAUCAUCGCAGCCAUACCCUGCCGCUGGUUACCCUCCGGGUGCUGCUCCUCCACAGCCAGGAGCCGGCCAUGCCAACCCUCCGCCAAAUCAGUGGCCUGCAUACGGCUCUCCUCAGCAGCCCUACCAAGCCCAGAGCCCUGAUGCCGCAUACAAUGCCGCCCAACAAGCACCAGCAGGUACCGCUGGAGAUCCCAAUAUGACUGGACUGGCCUCGCAGAUGAGUGGUUUGGGAAUUGCAACCGAUGCUGGAGCUAGGACACACCGAAAGAAGCACCGUCAUGCCUACCAUGACAUUGGAACCGGCUCAGCUGCUGCCGCUACACCGGGCUUCAACAACGCAGCGCCCCCCGCGGGUGGCGUGCAACCAACCUCUCAAUUCCUCAACACCGGUUUGAACCAAAGUCCGCCCACGGUGGCUCCUGGUGGAGUUCCCCAGCCCGCGCUCUCUGCGCCGGGAAUCACUUCGCAACCUGGAAUGCCCAGUGGCGCGGGCUCGGUAGCCACGCAAGGUCGGAUUGACCCUGAACAGAUCCCCAGCAUCCCCCGAUCUCGAGACCUACCUGCUCAGUACUAUUUCAACCAUGUCUACCCGACGAUGGAUCGACAUCUACCUCCUCCUGCCUCGAUUCCGUUCGUUGCUCAUGAUCAGGGCAACUCGUCGCCAAAGUACGCCCGCUUGACGCUCAACAACAUUCCCUCGACGUCCGAUUUCCUCUCCUCCACUGGUCUCCCUCUGGGUAUGAUCCUACAGCCGCUUGCACCACUGGACCCUGGCGAACAACCAAUUCCCGUGCUGGACUUCGGGGAUACCGGUCCCCCACGCUGCAGACGGUGCCGCACAUACAUCAACCCGUUCAUGUCAUUCCGGGCUGGUGGCAGCAAAUUUGUCUGCAACAUGUGUACAUUCCCCAAUGACACGCCCGCCGAAUACUACGCGCCUGUGGAUCCGAGUGGUGCGCGUGUGGAUCGUAUGCAACGACCGGAGUUGAUGAUGGGCACAGUCGAGUUCUUGGUGCCCAAGGAAUACUGGAAUAAGGAGCCCGUGGGUCUCCGCACUCUGUUCUUGAUCGAUGUCAGUCGCGAGUCGUCACAUCGUGGCUACUUGAAGAGCGUCUGUGCUGGUAUCGCGGAAGCUUUGUAUGGCGAGGAUGGGGAAGUAGAUGGCUCCGAGGGCGAUGAAUCCAAGGCGCGCAAGCUGCCUGCUGGCGCAAAGGUUGGCAUUGUUACUUACGACAAGGAAGUCCAAUUCUACAACCUCACGGCAAACUUGAACCAAGCGCAGAUGAUGGUGAUGACCGACCUCGAAGAACCGUUCGUGCCACUCAGUGAGGGUCUCUUCGUCGAUCCAUACGAAUCCAAAUCCGUCAUUUCAUCUCUUCUAGCCCGGAUACCCACCAUUUUCUCUCACAUCAAGAAUACCGAGUCAGCAUUGCUUCCUACUCUGAAUGCUGCCCUCUCGGCGCUGCAGCCAACGGGAGGCAAAAUUGUCUGCGCGCUGGCAAGCCUGCCGACGUUCGGCCCUGGAAAGCUGUCAGAGCAACGCGAUGACCGGAGCCUUCAUGGAACCGAUGGCGAGCGCAAGUUGUAUACCACUGAAGAUGCGGCAUGGAAGAAGACUGCGAGUAAAAUGGCCGAAGCAGGCGUGGGCGUGGACUUCUUCAUUGCGUCUCCCGGUGGCGCGUACACGGAUGUGGCGACAAUUGGUCAUGUGGCAGCGCUUACUGGAGGCGAGACUUUCUUCUACUCCAACUUCCACUCGCCCCGCGAUGCUCUCAAGGUGCGGAAGGAGUUGGUUCACGCUAUCACCCGAGAGACCGGUUACCAGUGUUUGAUGAAGGUCCGAUGCUCCAACGGUCUUCAAGUUUCCUCUUACCAUGGCAACUUUGUACAACACGCUCUGGGUGCCGAUCUUGAGAUUGGCGGCGUCGAUGCGGAGAAGGCUAUUGGUGUUCUCUUCAGCUACGAUGGGAAACUGGAUCCCAAAUUGGAUGCUCACUUCCAGGCCGCUUUGUUGUAUACCUCUGCAGAUGGCCAACGCCGAGUCCGGUGUAUCAAUGUGGUGGCUGCUGUUAAUGAAGGUGGUAUGGAGACGAUGAAAUUUGUCGAUCAGGAUGCUAUUGUGGCAGUCAUCGCCAAAGAGGCCGCCUCCAAGACGCUCGACAAGAGCCUCAAGGACAUUCGAGCCAGCAUUUCAGAGAAGACAGUCGAUAUUUUCAGUGGAUAUCGCAAGAUCUUCUCUGGGUCACACCCUCCUGGACAACUGGUUUUGCCUGAGAAUUUGAAGGAGUUCUCAAUGUAUAUGCUGAGCCUGGUAAAGUCCAGGGCAUUCAAGGGUGGCAACGAAGCAAUCGACCGCCGAGUCCACGAUAUGCGCAUGAUUCGGUCAAUCGGCUGCACAGAAAUGUCUCUAUACCUGUAUCCCCGUAUCAUUCCCAUCCACAACAUGCAACCGGAAGAUGGCUUCCCCAACGAGUAUGGUCAGCUCCAAGUCCCGCCAGCCGUACGGGCAAGCUUCUCCAAGGUCGAGGAGGGCGGUGUCUACGUUGUGGACAACGGUCAGGCCGUUCUCCUCUGGCUGCAUGCACAGGUCUCGCCCAAUCUGCUUGAGGAUCUGUUCGGUCCCGGACACAACUCGCUCCAGGAGCUGAACCCCAACAUGUCAUCGUUGCCCGUGUUGGAGACACAUCUCAACGCCCAAGUCCGGAACUUGUUGCAGUACUUCUCUACGGUGCGCGGAUCCAAGGCCGUGACCAUCCAAUUGGCUCGACAAGGCCUCGACGGGGCAGAGUAUGAAUUCGCCCGGCUACUGCUAGAGGAUCGGAACAACGAAGCCCAAAGCUACGUGGACUGGCUGGUGCAUGUCCACCGGCAAAUUAACUUGGAGUUGGCCGGUCACCGCAAGAAGGAAGAGUCAAGUGGCGAGAGUACAUUGGCCAGUCUCUCGGCUAUGCGAUCACCAAUGUGGUAA